AUGGCUACUGAAGCACAAUCACUAAAAGAAAAUUUAACGAAUGAUCAAGUUGUUAACUCGUUUAAUCAAUUAAAACAAUUGUUAGCCGAUUAUUCUACAAAGGAUGAAGGUUUAAAAUAUGAUCAAGUUGUUAAGUACUUUAAUGAUCUUUCUGACAUCUGUGAAACGUUAUGCGAUGCAACAAAAUAUAGUUCAAUAAAUAUAGUUGACAGUUUUAAAAUAAUUCUAAUUCAUUGUCUUAAUCUAGUACAAAUGGACAAUUUUAAUUUGAUUGCCGGCUAUAGUACACAAUUCUUAAGAUCAUAUGUUUGUAUUAUAGAAACGAAUAAAUAUAAAAUUACUGAUCUAUUCAAAGUAAAUAAACAGUAUGCACAGCAAACAUUUUUUAUUUUAUUAGAUCAUUUAUAUUUAUCAAGAGAUAUAUUCGUAUAUCUAAGAAAAAAAUCGAUAGAAAAAGAAUUAUUCAACUUUUAUUGGUCAAUAUUCUUUGCUACUCUAUCUGUAAUUUAUACAGCCUUGCAUUAUAUUCAACUUACGUGUAAAGAUUUAGAAAAAUAUGAAAUAAUACUGUCUUCAUUCAUUCACCAUAUUGAUGCUCAUUUUGAUUCCAAAUGUUUAAGCGAAAAAUACCAUAAUGAUUUAUUAAUUAAGAAAAUGCUCGACCUGGUGUGGAAUCUUUGUGACCGAACAGUACUUGUACCAAGUUUAAUUAAAAUCGGUUUUGGAGAAGCUACAUUAAGAUGGAUAUCACUCCCAUAUUUGACAUGUAAAGAUUAUCGACCACUCAUUAGUAUUUUGUAUAAUAUUGCUCGCCAUGAUAUGGGUGCUGAUGUCUUGAAUGCAAAUAAGGCUAUGGACAUUUUGAAAAGUUUUAAAACUUAUAUACUUGACACAAAAUUAGAUUUUAUUGUAGAUAAUGAUCUAUAUAAACAGAUAAACGUUGUAUAUCACAUGUUAUUAGCAAUGUUAAGUGACUCUAAUGGAACUAAAGUGGAAAAUAAUAUUUUAGAUUAUUUAUUGGAAACAGUGCUUAAUGCAUCAAAACUGAAAUCAUUAAAAUGCGAUGGCUUUCACAUAUCUGAACCAUUAGUUGUUUUAAUGAAAUUAUUCGUAAAUGAUAUCGUUGUUGAUUAUGCUUUAAAACAAGCCAAAAUCAAAAACCAAUCGACGAUGAAAUCAUCCAUGGUAGAAUUUUUUUGUUCAACAUUAAUAAAAUUAACCACUUCAGAGGAUGAACUCGUCCGCCUUGCAUCAACUGCACUCGCAAAUAUCAUAUGGAGCAUAUCGUUUCAUGAUGCUUACAAAUUUGAAUUAUGCAACAGUAAAGAUUUUUUAACUACAAUUCAAAAUAUACAUGACAAAGAGCUUAAAGGUAAUAAUUAUUUUCGAUUCUUGACUGAAGCUGUGUUUUCUGGAAAGCUAGUGCUUGAUUAG